AUGCCGCCCGCAGCAGGGCAGCACAGCAGCUCGACUUACUCGCAGCAGGAUCGGCGGCAGCAGCAGCAGCAGCAGCAGCAGAGUGUUGCGAGCAGCGCCCCACCCGCACAUGCUGCAAGCGGCCUUGCAGCUGCAAAAGCCGCAAACAGAGCGCCUGGCGAUUCAGUCUCCGCCUCCACUACUGCUGCCAGCAGCGCUGCUGCUUCUCACGUCAACUCCACGCUCACCUCUCCCCUCGCCUCCUCUCGCUCCCUCUCCCCGGACCAAUCCGAAGGCAGCAGCAUCAGCGGCACCCCCCCCUCCUCCCUCUCCGCCCACUCCCUUGCUACCGCAGCUAGGCAUACCCAGGGACAAAGUGGGCGGGGAAUAGCGGUGGGGAAGGGUGGGGAGGGGCACGGCGCGGCCCUGCCUCCCCACGCCACUCAUAACCAUGGCGCAUCCCUGCAGCAACCACUGCUAGAUGCUGCUGCAGGGGUGAUGGGUGGCGUGGCGAGGCAGGGCGCAGGGGGUGGAGGAGGAGGGGGAGGAGGAUUGGGAGGAAUGGGAGGUGGGGGGAGAGGAGGGGUUGGCAGCAGUGCAGCGAGUGAUGGGGCGAGGACCCCUCGGUUCCGCUGGCAGAAGCUGAGAGUGAAGGGCAGGCAGCGCAUCGUGCUCGCUGUGGUGAGCUUCAUCUCACUGCUCACAGCCGUGUUUGCAUUCCUCAUCUGGUACGGCUUUGGAGACAACCCCAUCGACCCCACUCUCAUGGCUCAGUCGCCACGCUGCUAUCAGGAGGAGGACUGGCCUUCUACAGACUGCUGCUCUUCUCUCCUCCUUACAAUCCCUCACAUCCCAUCCCACUCAAUUCCUUUCAUUCCCUCCCACCGCCACCCCCACCAGAUGCAUGCAGACUUCUUUGCAGUCGCCACACUGCUAUCAGGAGGAGGACUGGCCUUCUACAGACUGCUGCUCUUCUCUCCUCCUUACAAUCCCUCACAUCCCAUCCCACUCAAUUCCUUUCAUUCCCUCCCACCGCCAACCCCACCAGAUGCAUGCGGACUUCUUUGCAGUCGCCACGCUGCUAUCAGGAGGAGGAUUGGCCUUCUACAGACUGCUGCUCUUCUCUCCUCCUUACAAUCCCUCACAUCCCAUCCCACUCAAUUCCUUUCAUUCCCUCCUGGAUCCCCCUCCCACCCCCACCCCCAUCAGAUGCAUGCAGACUUCUUUGCAGUCGCCACUCUCUUAUCAGGAGGCGGCCUCGCUUUCUACGGGCUGCUGCUCUUCUCAAAGAUGUCUGUGCUCCGAGCCGGCCCCAGCGCUGCUGACCUCAGCAAGGUAGGUGGUGAUUUUAGCGAGGUGAGAGGCGCAUCAUGUGAGGCAAGGCUGCCCAGAUGCAGCGCCACUCAGUGCGUAUCAGGUGGAGGCCUGGCCUUGUACGGGCUGCUGCUCUUCUCUAAGAUGUCCGUGCUUCGGGCCGGACCUAGCGCCGCUGAUCUUAGCAAGCACCUAUUAGGAGGAGGCCUGGCCUUGUACGGGCUGCUGCUCUUCUCAAAGAUGUCUGUGCUUCGGGCAGGGCCCAGCGCCGCUGACCUCAGCAAGGUAGGUGCUGGCCGUGCUGCUGACCUCAGCAAUGUUUCUGCAGCAGAUUUCAGGAAAAUGCCGGUGAUUGUCGCAUGA